AUGCCAAGGUCUCGUGUGAACCUGGCAAAAGGGAUCCCGAAGGGUUCUUCUGCGACAGUGACCAUUGCCGAGGCGGGAUCCUUCUUGCUGGAAUUUGGCAUGCUAUCGCAUCUCACCGGAGAAGAUCGUUUUUACCGAGCCGCCAAGCGAUCUCUUCUGGCCUUUUGGGGCCGACGAAACUUAUUGGACUUGGUGGGCACAUCAAUCGAUGUGAACACGGGCAAUUUCGUGGAUCAGCAAAGCACGACCGGUCCUGGGCAAGAUUCGUUUUUCGAGUAUUUGCUCAAGGGUUACAUCCUCUUCCAUGAUUUCGAGCUGUUGGAGAUCUUCUUGAGCGCCUAUGCUUCAGUUGAACUGUACCACAGUUUCGAAGGGUUCACCUACAACGUGGACAUGAACAAAGGGCUUAUGGCAAAUACUCAUCUGUCGCCUUUGGCUUGCGUGUGGGCUUCAUUGCAAGUGCUGGUGGGAGACGUGGCCAGUGGUUUGAGAUCGGUGUUGUACUGGUAUGGCCUGUGGAAGAAGCACGAGGCCUUGCCUGAAGUUUUCGACACCAGAGCCGAGAGCCCGACGCAAGCCAGGGACUCUCCGCUUCGACCAGAGCUGAUCGAAGCAAUUUUCUACCUUUCGCUUGCUCUGCCCGGUGAUUCCAUGAUUUUUGACAUGGCAAAGACUAUCGCCACAGCCAUCAACGACCAGAGUCGGGUCGACUGCGGCUUCGCUGCCGUGGCCGAUGUAACGACCAAAAGGCUCGAUGACAGAAUGGAUUCCUUCUUUCUGUCCGAGACUCUUGUGUAUCUGUACUUAUCCCUGGCACCGACAGAAGAUCUGGCCAAUGCAAUGCCGUGGCCUGUCGGCGCCAGCGUUUUCACAACGGAAGGUCACCUCUUCCCGAUUUUUCCAAAGGCUGUAGAUUCCCGGCUUUCAGCAGCCACAGCAGCACGCAGCCAGGACCUUUAUCCAGCAUCCGCUUUGGAUUCUCCACAGCCGACCUGUGAGGCUUUGACGCCGUUCGAACGAGUCGCAGUUCAGCAGCGCUGCCGAACAAAAUAUUUGCUGACUCCCAGCUACCAGAUGCAGAUGAAUUCCGAAGCUUCACGGCGAUGUCGUUCGCAAGCAGUCCAACUGCUGGUGUGGUCAGCUGGUGAUUUCACCAAGCCAGUGAUGCAUGUUUCUGGUUUGGCUUCCUCACUCGGCCGUCCUGUGCCGGUUUUGCCGUUGCUACACGCACAACUCCAGGAAGACGGCGCAGAGACUGCGAUCCAAGCAGGUGACGGCCAUCAGCCGCCGCUGCAGCACACCUUGGCAUUGCUUAGAUUGGACUUGGAGCAGAGUCCAGGGAGAAUGCCAUAUUUCAGCAGCUCACCAUUCCGAUUUGAGCCGCUGCGACGUUUGUUCGCAACGCGGGAGAUCGUCGCGAUGGAGAACCUUCGCCUGCAGCAGCUGGCUGCCCUUCAAGCUGCCAUGAUCAGCGACAUGAAGCAGGAGCUUGCCAGAACGGGAGACACCGCUGAUGUGCUGGCCACCAGGGAGACUUCGAACAGAAGCGCCACCUGCGACUCGGAUCCAGAGGUGCCCUCGCUGCUGAACAGGAAGAUGGAACCCAUGAAACUGGCUACGCCUGAGACUUUAUCCCCAAGAUCUUCAGCUGGUGGCUCGCCGACGAUCUCGUGCAAGACGUCUCCAGCUUGGUCAUGCGGAUCAAUGCUCUCCUGCAAGGUGUCCGCCCCUCCGGGUUUAGAGCUGCUCGAAGUCUCUGCUCCUCCGGGCUUGGAGAACGUUGCUUUCUCCUCCCCUCCGACACCGUCAUGUGAUCUGGACAGCGACAAGGAAGCAGAUCACCAGAAGGGGUUGCUUGUUGCCACCACCACCACGCUGGGGAGCAGCGUGACACAGGUGACGUGGAACAUCGCUAACCCACAGGCAAAGCUGCGAGUGAGCUGCGGCUCGGCAUUGGUGUCCCCUCCUUUUGCCGUUGGUGGCUUGGAGGGCCUUCGCCUGCUCUUCAGUCCAGGAGAGCGUUGGCUGGUUGAUUGGAAGAAGGCAGCGAAGAAGACCCUGAAGAAGGGCAAGAAGGCGGUGGAUCGGGCGCCACAGUAUGGUGCGCUUCAGUUGAAAUUUGCAGGAGAUUUUGCUUGCAGUGAGCCCAUGACCUUGCUCUUCAAUCUUGCUGGAGAACAGUUGGGACCAAUCACGGCCAACCCGGGACAAAGCACUUGCUUUGUCUGCGAGCUUCGCAAAGACUGGCGACUCGAGACUAACGGCUUGGACGGCUCCCUGACUGUGGGUGUGGACAUUGUCAGCCAUGGCCACGGUCUGCAGCGUUGA